CUCUGUACCUAAGUCCACGCAGGGCUGAGGGAUAACAGGCCGGAACCGAGCCAGAUCCAGAAAACUGACUGGAGCAAUGGCAGCUCCAGGGACACCACCUCCCUUGGCCUCAGGGGGAGGGAGUGGGGAGCCCAGGCAGCUGCCUGAGCUGAUCCGUCUGAAGCGCGAUGGAGGGCAUCUGAGCGAAGCAGAUAUCAGAAACUUCGUGCACGCCGUGAUGGAUGGAAGAGCACAGGACACACAAAUUGGGGCCAUGCUAAUGGCCAUUCGGCUGCAGGGCAUGAACCUAGAAGAGACAUCUGUGCUGACUCGGGCCCUCGCAGAGUCUGGGCAGCAACUGGAGUGGCCCAAGGCUUGGCACCAGCAGCUUGUGGACAAACACUCCACAGGAGGUGUGGGUGACAAGGUUAGCCUGGUUCUGGCACCUGCCCUGGCUGCAUGCGGCUGUAAGGUGCCAAUGAUCAGCGGCCGCAGUUUGGGACACACAGGGGGCACACUGGAUAAGCUGGAAUCGAUUCCUGGGUUCAGUGUCACCCUGAGUCCAGAGCAGAUGCUGCACAUCCUUGAGGAAGUCGGCUGCUGCAUUGUCGGCCAGAGUGCAAAGCUGGUUCCUGCUGAUGGGAUCCUGUAUGCUGCACGAGAUGUGACAGCCACUGUGGACAGUGUCCCACUCAUUACAGCUUCAAUCCUCAGUAAGAAGGCCGUGGAGGGACUGUCCGCCCUGGUGGUAGAUGUUAAGUUUGGGGGAGCUGCAGUCUUCCCAGACCAGGAGAAGGCCCGAGAACUGGCAAAGAUGUUGGUUAGAGUGGGAGUGAGCCUGGGGCUGAAGGUCGCCGCAGCCCUGACCGCCAUGGAUAACCCUCUGGGCCGCAGCGUGGGCCAUACCCUGGAAGUGGAAGAAGCGUUGCUUUGCCUGGAUGGUGCGGGGCCGCCGGAUCUGCGGGACCUGGUCAUUAGGCUAGGAGGCGCCAUUCUUUGGCUUAGCGGACAGGCGGAAACACAAGACCAAGGCGCCGCCCGUGUGGCCGCGGCGUUGGAUGAUGGCUCUGCGCGGCGCCGCUUCCAGUUGAUGCUUUCGGCGCAGGGCGUGGACCCCGGCCUAGCUAAAGCAUUGUGCUCCGGGAGCCCCGCGCAACGCCGGCAGCUGCUGCCUCACGCCCGAGAGCAAGAGGAGCUGCUCGCACCCGCAGACGGCAUUGUGGAGUGCGUCCGAGCGCUGUCGCUGGCCCGUGUGCUGCACGAGCUCGGAGCCGGGCGCAGCCGAGCGGGGCAGCCGAUCAGACCGGGAGUGGGUGCCGAGCUACUGGUCGACGUGGGCCAAUGGUUGUCCCGAGGGACACCCUGGCUCCGCGUGCACCUGGACAGCCCCGCGCUCAGCAGCCAGCAGCGCCGCACUCUCCAGGGGGCGCUCGUGCUGUCAGAUCGAGCACCCUUCAAGGUCCCUUCACCCUUCGCUGAGCUUGUCCUCCCACCGACCACCGCACAGCCCUAAGUCUCUAACCCACCUCAGCCAGGAGCUUCAGGUCCAUGAUGCUACUGGCUCUAGGGCCCAAAGCUUGGCCCAAGCUCUCUCAGUUCAAACCCCUUCUCAGGGUCUCAGGAGGUGAAACUCUGCACAGAAAUUCCCGGCAUUGGUCAGGGCAGGGCCAGCGCCAAGGCCCUGGGCUAAGAACUAGAUUACUGAUCACGGCCCUGUUUGGGGCUGGGCUAGGCUGGGCCUGGCUGGCUGCAAGGGCUGAGAAGGAACAGUGGCGCCAACAGCAGCGCACAGAGGCCCUGCGCCAGGCUGCUGUGGGCCAGGGCGACUUCAGCCUGUUGGACCACAAAGGUCAGCUUCGAUGCAAAGCCGACUUCCGAGGCCAGUGGGUGCUGAUGUACUUUGGUUUUACUCACUGCCCUGAUAUUUGUCCCGAUGAGCUGGAAAAGUUGGUGCAAGUAGUUCGGAAGCUAGAGGCGGAGCCUGACCUGCCCCUGGUGCAGCCUGUCUUCAUCACUGUGGACCCAGAACGAGAUGACAUGGCAGCCAUGGCCCGCUAUGUGCAAGAAUUCCACCCAAGAUUGCUAGGUCUGACUGGUUCUACAGAGCAGGUGGCCCAAGCUAGUCGCAACUACCGUGUAUACUACAGCGCUGGGCCUAAGGAUGAGGACCAGGACUAUAUUGUGGACCACUCCAUUGCCAUCUAUCUGCUCAACCCAGAUGGUCUUUUCACCGAUUACUAUGGCCGCAGCAGGUCAGCAGAGCAGAUCGUAGAGAGUGUACGCCGGCACAUAGCUGCCUUCCACAGCGUCCUGCCCUGAACUAUACCUACUGCCUAGGUCCUGUCAUUAAAUGGAUGUACUUAAUCUGUG